CAAUAAAAGACUUGCUAGUGGGAAGCCAUUAAUUCAAGAUCUUAUGCAAGCUGUGGGAAGCUUCCAAGUUCCUUCAACAACGUAGUUGCUUGGAGUUUACUAUAAAUUUAGCAUUCUAUUGCCUGUUCAGCAUCAUGUGUUAAGCUCAUCUUCUGACCAUUUCCUGAAGCUCACCUUCUUCUGUAACAAUGGUGCAAGACGUGGUCUUAUUGGAUCUGUGGGUUAGCCCUUAUACAGCCAGAGUGAAAAUUGCAUUGGCCGAGAAGGGGAUAGAGUAUGAGUCCAAGGAAGAAGAUUUGCGCAACAAGAGCUCACUGCUUUUAGAAACGAACCCAGCAUAUAAGAAAGUCCCAGUCUUGAUACAUAAGGGGAAACCCAUAUCUGAAUCACUCAUCAUAGUUCAAUACAUCGAUGAGUUCUGGAAUCACAAGUCUCCUUUGCUACCAUCAGAUCCUUACGAAAGAGCUCAUGCAAGGUUUUGGGCUGAUUUUGUUGAUCAAAAAAUUCAAGCUGCCAUUUACCGGAUCUUUUGGGCACCGAGCUACAGUGAAGAGAAAGAAGCAGCUGAAAAAGAAUUCAUCGAGUGCUGUAAGGUGAUAGAAGGUGAGCUUGGUAAUAAGCCCUACUUCGGAGGAGAGACAUUUGGGUUUGUAGAUAUUGCAUUGAUUCCGAGCUACAGCUACUUUUAUGCCCAUGAGAGGAUGGGGAACUUGAGUCUGGUGGAAGAGCUUCCCAAGCUCACAGCAUGGGUUAAGAGAUGCUUGGAGAGGGAGACUGUGGCCAAGUCUCUGGCUGACCCUCACAAGAUCUAUGAAUUUGUCUCAGAAAUACGUAAACAGAAGGGAUUAGAAUGAUUUGAGGAUUAUUGGCAUUAAUAAUUAUGUGAGGAGUAUACGCCAAAUAUAAUAUAGAAAGUCCAAAAUAAGUUUUUACAGAC